AUGGUACCUCUUCAUCGAGGUUCCCUCGUAUCUUCAGUAAGAUUAUCGGGACUUUCACUUCUAAAACGCAGUUUAAAGAGAACUGUAGUUACUUCGACAGUCGAUUGGAAACCUAUAAAAAGUACAAGAACACCAAAUGAGGAAGAGUCCAAAGGAAAGGGUCAUGGAAAGAAGAUUGUCCUAGGACUGAUGUUUGCGAUGCCAAUAAUUUCAUUUUAUCUAGGAACCUGGCAGGUGCGGAGACUUGAGUGGAAAACCAAAUUAAUUGCCAAAUGUGAAAGUCGGCUAGCCUAUGAUCCAACUCCUUUGCCUAAGCGUUUUGCUCCAGAGAUGUGUGAAAACUGGGAAUACCGUAGAGUAACUUUGAAAGGAACUUUUCUACAUGAAGAGGAGAUGUUCGUGGGGCCACGGGUCAGGAAUGGCGUGAAAGGGUAUAUAUUGUUUACACCUUUCAUCAGGAAAGAUACAGGCGAAAAACUGCUAAUUGAAAGAGGAUGGGUUAGUGAGGACAAAGCUGUUCCCACAUCAAGAAGCUUACAGCACCUUUCACUACCCAGGGGUGACAAUGUAGAGCUUAUGUGUUUAGUACGUGCUCCUCACCCGCGAGGAACCUUUCAAUGGGAAAAAUCUGAUAAAAACUCGAGGUUAUGGCAAGUUGCUGAUAUCUAUGAGAUGGCUGAGAGUUCAGGAUGUCCACCAAUCCACUUGCAAGCGAUAUACGACAUGAAAGAUCACUAUUGGCCGGAGAGCAACAAGGAGAUUGAACACGACUCGCAGGCAAGCAAUAGCACCUCAUCUAGAUGGAAUUUUUGGCCACAAAAUACUGCUGCCAAUGUAAACAGCACUGACGAAAAAUCACUGCGUUUCACGUCAGAGGAGCCAGAUUUAAAGGAUGGCUUGGAAUUCAAUGAAUGGCAAUUUAGAAACGCGGGAGUUCCUAUUGGUAAAGUGCCAAAAAUAGAUCUCAAGAACAACCAUUUGCAGUACUUGGUGACAUGGUAUGGGCUUUCGCUACUAAGCAGCGUUUUCCUAUUUGUUGCAUUACGAAAAUACAGGAAAGGAUCAGGAGUGUCACAAGCACAAGUGAAAAAGGAUAAAUUAAGACACGCCAAAAAAUUCAUGUAA